AUAAACCAGUAUGCUUCUUGCUUUGUUGGCGGCGGUGCUGUCGACGGUGCUGGCGUCUGCCGAGGGUUUUCAUGCUUCUCCAGGUUUGCUGCGCUCGAACUCCCGUCCUUAUCGACAUCUGUCAACCAAUACACUGAGAAUGAGUGGCGGAGCUCCUGACAAGAAACUUCUGUUCCUCUGUGGAGACUACAUGGAGGAUUACGAAGUCAUGGUUCCAUUUCAGGCGCUCAAGAGCUAUGGCAUUGAGUGCGAUACAGUCUGUCCGGGAAAGAAGGCAGGAGAUUCCUGCAGGACAGCCAUUCAUGACUUCGAGGGAGAUCAGACUUACUCUGAGAAGAGGGGCCAUAACUUCGUCUUGAACUCUGACUUUGACGGCGUCUCGCAUGACAAGUACGAUGGCCUCGUCAUUCCCGGCGGACGUGCUCCAGAGUACCUGGCCUUGAACGAGAAGGUUAUUUCUCUGGUGAAAGAUUUUGCCUCCUCGAAGAAACUGAUCGCGUCGAUCUGCCAUGGGCAGCAGAUUCUGACGGCGGCCGACGUGAUCAAGGGCAAGAAGUGUACUGCCUAUCCUGCCGUCGGCCCUCAGUGCAAAGCAGCUGGGGCUGACUUCGUGGAGGCGAACCCCAUCGACCUCGCCGUCACCGACGGAAAUCUCGUCACGGCGGCAGCAUGGCCAGGACAUCCCAAGUUUGUCUCUCAGAUCGUCUCGCAGCUCAAGCUCACAGUGUCUGGAGCAUCAGGGAAGAAGAUCCUUGUGCUCUGCGGGGACUACAUGGAGGACUACGAAGUUAUGGUUCCGUUUCAAGCUCUCCUGAGCUACGGAUUCACUGUGCAUGCCGUCUGUCCCGGAAAGAAGUCGGGGGAUGUCUGCCGCACAGCCGUGCAUGACUUCGAAGGCGAUCAAACGUACUCGGAGAAACCUGGUCAUAAUUUCGCUCUCAACGCCGACUUUGAGCAAGUGAAAGCGGAGGAGUACGAUGGAUUGGUGAUUCCCGGAGGAAGAGCUCCUGAGUACCUCGCGCUCGACGACAAGGUCAUCAAGCUCGUGCAAGACUUCGCAUCCUCUAAGAAGCCGAUCGCGUCCAUCUGCCAUGGCCAGCAGAUCCUCGCGGCAGCUGGAGUGCUCUCCGGCAAGAAGUGUACUGCCUACCCGGCUGUCGGGCCUGCUUGCAAGCUCGCGGGGGCUCAGUGGGUCGAUGCCAACCCGAUCGACCUGGCAGUCACCGACGGCCACCUGGUGACGGCGGCAGCCUGGCCGGGGCAUCCAGAGUUCAUCAAGGAGUUUGUGAAAGUGAUGGGAGUGACCGUCGCCUGAGGAGGCUGCCCUGGGAAGUAGCGGGCCCGAUUAAGUAGUUAGUCUCCUAGUGUACUGCUAGCCCGGGCCAGCCCGGCCCUCCGAUCACUGAGAGUGCCUUCGAGUGUCCUGAGUCAUAAACUUCCGUGACCGUCGUG